UUGGUGGGGCCCGUGUCAAAUCUCGUGAAAAUCAAACAUGGCGUCAGCUAGGUUAUCACCGUGAAGUGAUGGUGUUGGACAUUGAAUAAUCAUUGAUUAUCUCAAAUUUAUGUGGAUUAUUAUCAUCAGCGAUUGUCUAACGUCAAGUGUUGCGUCCCCCAAAAGACAUCAUCAUAUUGAAUAACCAAUAAUCCCAACAGGCUCACCUCCAACUCCCGGUGAUCGGCGUGCAAACGCCAUCGUAAACAGUGGUUUUACUCGAGCAUUCACUAGUUCCAUUUUUUUUUCUCUUUAUUAAUUCUUCAACUUUUUCUUCAACUGACUCCUUAACUUGCAAAGUAUAUAAAAGACAGGGAGGGUGUGUUGCUCGAAAAUAUGGAUAUUGUUUAAACAUUGGAGAGGUGGAGUUUAUUUGGCUUGAAUGGGUUGAAAGGGUGGUUGAUUGUUGAUGUGUGGAUGUGGAGUGAGGGUUGAGAUUGUUUCCUCGUGGAAGGAAGGGUUCGAGCAAGUUAUUGUAAGAGGCUACCGGUUUGUCGAUAAUUCAUAUUGUCAUAGAUACACGGAGACUUUGACUUUUGACAAAUAGUGUGGAGUUUAGUGUACUUUAAAGAUACUUUUUAAUGUGAUGUGUUUUUUUUUAUUGUCUUAUUAUUGUCGAAGUUAAGUGAUUGGUGGAAUUUUGAGAGGUUUUGUUUUAGACGGUUAAUGAAAAAUAUGAAUAUGAAAAAUGUCAUGUCAAGAUUUGUAAAAUUUUCAUUAGAAUAAUUAAUUGGCGUGAUAGUAGGAGCCCAGUAUUGCUGAGGAUGGAGGUGAAGGUGGCUUUUAAAUGACUUUUUAAAAAAAGGUUUGGUGAGUUUAUAAUAAAAAUAAAAAUAGAAAGAGUAAGAGGAAGAGGAAGAGGAAGAGGAAGAGGAAGAAAGAUGAUGAGAGUGAAGAUGGUAGAGUUAUAAUAAUAAAAUAGAUAAGUUGAGGUUGAAGGAAAGUUGAAAGAAAUCUAGAGGGAAUAGGAGGAUCAUAAGUUAGGCUGUUAUAGAAGUGUCAGACAUAUGCCGCCAGCCGGGCUAUCGGCUAAAGGCUUGUCUACCUUGAUGGACCACGGACAACCAGAUGCUCGUCAUCGGAGCGAGCGGUUUCUUCUCCAUCCCGAGAAUGGCGCCUCAAAGCCAAAUACACCGAGUACAGCUGCAUCUUCACCCAGAUAUCAUAACACUCACAAUAGGGACCCUAUUUACGGUUAUUCGUACGAUCGGACAUCAUCAUCUAACAAUAUGUCUGAUAGCAGCAUGUCAGAUACACACAGUGGUGGUACAGCAAGGACUGUGUCUCAACAGACAAGUCCUUCACACGCCACCCACUCCUCAUCCCACUCUAGGCAAGAAAAAUCAUCGGUGAUUGUCACAGUAAUGUGGAAAUACAUUGCACAGAGUGAGGAUGAAUUGACACUUGAACCAGGUGAGCAGGUCGAAGUGCUGUCCAAGGAUUCGAAAAUAUCCGGCGACGAGGGCUGGUGGACUGGUAAAAUUUGCGGAAAAGUUGGCAUCUUCCCAGCUAAUUUUGUUAUUGCAACUGAUCGAAUAUCCAUAUUCGAUCAUGUACAACCCAUGGAGAUUGAUUUUGAGGAGUUGCAGUUGGAGGAAGUUAUCGGAGUUGGGGGCUUUGGAAAAGUUUACAGGGGAUAUUGGAGAAAGAAAGAGGUAGCCGUGAAGGCUGCACGUCAGGACCCCAACGAAGAGCCGAGCGUCACUCUAGAAAAUGUUCUUCAAGAAGCAAAGCGCUUCUGGCUUUUGAAACAUGAAAAUAUCGUACAACUGGAAGGUGUCUCACUGAAAACCCCUAAUAUGUGUCUUGUAAUGGAGUAUGCACGAGGUGGAAGUCUAAACAGAGUGCUAAGCGGUCGAAAAAUUCCUCCUGAUGUGUUAGUCGAUUGGGCAAUUCAGAUCGCUCGAGGCAUGAAUUAUCUUCACAAUGAAGGACCCAGUCGACUUAUCCACAGGGAUUUAAAAAGUUCAAACGUUUUAGUAAGUGAGCCCAUUGAGAAUGAUGAUCUUCAUUGUAAAACACUGAAAAUCACAGACUUUGGACUUGCUAGAGAAGUUGAUAAGACAACGAGAAUGUCUGCAGCGGGAACGUUUGCAUGGAUGGCACCAGAAGUCAUCAUACAAAAUACUUUUAGUACAGCUAGUGAUGUUUGGAGCUAUGGAGUUCUUCUCUGGGAGCUUUUAACUGGUGAAACACCUUACAAAGGGAUCAAUGCACUUGCUGUAGCUUACGGUGUGGCUGUCAACAAAUUGACCCUGCCUAUUCCUUCGACGUGUCCACAGCCUUGGAAAUAUUUAAUGCAGGCUUGUUGGUCUUGUGAUAGCCACGGUAGACCAGAUUUCACUGAAAUUCUCGAGGCACUUGAUGAUGUGAGAAGUGCUUUUGCUGCCACUCCCCAUGAGUCCUUCCACACUAUGCAGGAAAAUUGGAGAUUAGAGAUCGAAGAAGUUCUCCAUGGAUUGCGCAUGAAGGAAAAGGAACUGCGCUGUAGAGAGGAAGAACUGACCAAGGCUCAAGUACAACAACGACAGCAAGAGGAAAAUUUGAGGCAGCGUGAGGAGGAACUGGCAGCUCGAGAAAUUGAUUUGCUUGAACGAGAGAUAACGGUGAUGAUGAUUCAGCAGCAGAGCACACCGACACCUAAUAAAAGAAGAGGCAAAUUUAAAAAGUCUAGAUUGAAACUCAAUAAAAAAGAACCAGGAAGCAAUAUAAGUGCACCUUCAGACUUCCGGCACACCAUAACAGUUCAGCACACGGCGUUGGAGCGCAAGAAUCGGAAUCCUUCUCGUCCCAACAGUCCACCAGGCUCACCCUGCAUACCUCGAUUGCGUGCUAUUGCCUUACCGGCAGACGGAGUUAAGGGUAAAACUUGGGGUCCAUCAACACUCCAUCAACGUGAGCGCGGUGCGAUAAUCACCCAACCACCCAAUCCAGCAUCUCCCGGUGGUAAAAGAUGGUCACGUUCAGCGCCAGAUCUUGAAAAGACACCAUUACGAACGGCAUUACUGGCGAGCGCACAACGUUCCCCGCUGCUCCAAGAAAUAGGUCUUUCCGAGGAAAAUAUCCAUUCUACGCAUUAUUCGACGUUACCAUCGGAUAUAUGUACGGAGUGGAUGAAGACAGAUUAUCCAUUGAAAGGGGGUAUGACGGUACCGUAUAUCAUGCCAAUGCCAAUGCCAACGCUUUAUAAUGGAGAAGCUAAGAAACCAAAGCUAGGGGCCAUUGAGUUAUUGCUGUAUAACAUUGCUGCUAUGCUCGCAGGCGUAGCGACAGGCUUCGAUGUUAGAAUUACCAAUGUCUCACCAAUUCAUCCCAGAUUACAAGCGAAAAUUGGUGGCUGCGAGGAGGAGGAAACGGCAAAGUGGUGGAUCGAUAAUAAUGGCUCCAAUCGAAAUUCUGCCUAUUUGGCCGAUGACUAUGACUUCUCAUCCACCAGUGGAUAUCCACAUAAUACCUAUCAUGGACCUGCACGUCAUUAUAGGUACAGACCUUUUUUGAAUACAAUGGGGGGUAUAGCUCCAGGUCUCUCACUAAAUGUGGAAAAACCUCUUAGAUUCACCGACUCACCUCAGCAUUAUACCUGCAAUAGUACAACGAGUUCGAAGGUGCCGACACCAAGACCACGUAGAAAAAAUUCCAGUGCAAGUGUCAACGAGGAAGUCUAUUCGCCUGAAAUUGCUCGGGCAGAUCGAUUGGUUGAGAGAGUACCUACCAUUUACAUGGCAAAUGUACCAUCUUAUCCGGAGCUCGGUCCACCGGUUUACACCAUUGUGCCUCCCGAGUGGAAUAGUAGUAGUAGUAGACCAUCGGAUUCUCCCUAUUUUUUGCCUCCUGAGUAUCAUGAGAGAAUGAUUGAAUAUCCGGAGUUGCCUCACGCUUACGACAAUCCAAGUAGCUUGAACAGUUUCGUACGAGGUGGCUCACGAGCAUCUACUACUACCAGUACCACCACCGCCACCACGACAACCACCACCUACACCCACCAUCGAACCUCAUCCAACGUUUCUAAUACAAGUAAUUCGAGUAAUGUAAAUGCCACUUUUCACCUCGAGGACGAGUCUGAGUUUGUCCCUUAUUCCCCCAGCCACUAUUAUCAACGGCUGCCAAAUCCUCCAUGUACAAAUUUUGGAUACGUAACCCAGGAGUAUAGCCCCUACCCUCAACCUCCUUCCUUUCUCACUCGUCAAAACUCCCACGAAAUCAGUUCAAGCACAGAGAGAGAGAGGCCGAGUAAUCUCGAGGCAGUCACUAGAUUGCGAUCCAGUCUCAAAAAGUCACAAAAUUACACGUAUUCACCGAAUAAAAGCACAACUAAUAAUUAUCAUUCUGGAUCAGGUACUCCCACCAAUCAUACACCCCCUGACUCAUUAACUUCUGAGGACUCGAGUUAUGUAUCCGCUAAGGAUAAUCAGAUAUCGAGUAGUAGGGUAAGAUUUUCACCGGUGACAUUCGAUCGAGAAAUUCUGAGAAAUUCUGAUCACAUUGAUAUAGCUCAUACGCCUGGCCAGGAGACAAUCACUUCACCCCUUCAAACUAGUCGUCGCUUGUCUAGAAAUCGUAAACCUAGUAUUUCAGAUCUUGAUAGGGAAUUUUUAUCAUAGCACUGGCUCAUUUAAAUUUCGCUUCCCAAUUUUCUCACUCUUUUCCUUUUCUGUGGAGAUUAAUUUAACUGAUUCCCAAAAUUCGAGUCUAAAUGAAGUAGGUUUUUUUUUGUCACUUCAGCCGUGAAGCACUUAGUGUGUUUGUGUAAAAAAAAAAAUAAUAAUAAAUAGCCUGCGACGUCUGGAAUCAUAUGAAUUAGAAAGAUAAUUCAUUGUUAGACAAUCCAUGAAAGAGUGCGUCACGGACUGAGUGAUAAUGGAUAGUUCCGCAGAUUACAUAUGCUUAGACAAAUUUAUCAACACAAAACUUAAUUGUCAAUAAUAAAUCAAGCUUGUAUCAAUGUUUUCCGCUAAAUUUACCAAGUUCAACGAUCAAAAAACUUGAUUAUGGGAGAUUUAGUGUUUGACUUCACCAGAGCAAUUAUUUUGAUGCAAUAAUGGCAAGGGUUGCAACUUCUAUUCUCAAGAUAAAAUAGUGGUGGUGUGGCUUCCUCUCACUUGUAUUUUUUUUUGUAGAUUGUUGGUACAACUUUGAUCAGAUUGACUCGAAUAAAUACAGAGUUAUUGAGCUUUCUCAUUAUCAUUAUCAAGUGGCAUUUUGGUAAUGAGACAAAAUCUAGAGCUGGAUUAUUUAAUAUGGAUGAAAGCCAAAAAGGGGGUAUUUUUUUGAGGAUUGAUCCGAUGAAGAGUUGUAUGGCGACUGCAAUACAUCCUUAAAAAGUUGAGAGUCGAAGAGAGGAAGUUAUUAUUUGAAAAAUGGGUUAAUGUACAAUGUACCAUUUAUUAAGACUUAUUAUUUUAUAGAUAUGUAAUAGACUGGAAAGUUGAAUGAGAAAGAAGAGUCCUCUUCCAAAUAAUCCAAAUAUUUGUACCAUUCGAAAGAACACUGCCUUCCUUAGGAAACUACUUAUUUUAUAAAUAAACUAAAGGAUAUUUGUAUUUCCAGUGAAAGUUCACCAUCUGAUCAUUCCAUUUGCAUUCUUAAAUAUUCUUGUUAAGGUAAUAAAAAAAAAGUCGCAUUAUAUAGUUUGUUUUUGAAAAGACCGCUGGAAGUAUAAGAAUUAUCAGUAUUUUCUAGUGCAUUCGAUGUACAUGAAAUAUACAUUCCGUAUUAUUAAUAAUACGUAAUCGAUUGAAGAGAGUUCAAUGGUGAUUGAUAAAUUUAGGUAACUUAGACUGGACCCUUGGAAACUUAUGUUUGGGGUUUUGUCCGUUUUAAAAUGAUACAAUUAGGAAAUAGAAAAUUUUUAUAGUGAUUAAAUAUGAUAUUCUGCGGUGCUAGCUAUCACAUAUGUACUUACUCAAUUACCAGACGUGAAGAAAAUUGUGUGUGUGAUAAUGGAUUAUUUUCCACAGAUUGAAUAAAUUAGUAGGUUUAUAUAUUAUACUUUCGGCCGCUAAUUGCAUACAUUAUUAUUAUUAUUAUUAUUAUAUAAGGUGACGUACUUAACAUCUAAAAUGUUAAAACUAGCCCAAGUUGUAUUUAUUUAAUUAGUUAGCUAUAGGAUAUUU